UUUGGCGUCCGCCGGCCUUUCUCACCGUGCUAUGCCGCGCCCUCUAGCGUUGGUCCAGAGUUCUGCUCACUGACCUCUCCCCCGGAGCAGGAGGAAACCGCAUCCGCAGUGGGCGAGCCCGAGGCAGGUAGCGCGAGGCAAGCGCCAGGAGCAGGUCGCUGUCCCCGUUGUCAUGGAACGGAAGGUGGCCCGGGAAUUCAGGCACAAGGUUGACCUGUUAAUUGAUAAUGAAGCAGAGAAAGAUUAUCUAUACGAUGUGCUGCGGAUGUACCACCAAUCCAUGAAUCUUCCAGUGUUGGUUGGCGAUCUGAAAUAUGUAAUCAAUGAACCAAGUCGACUGCCAUUGUUUGAAGCCAUUUGUCCUCUUAUCCCAUUAAAACAUCAAGUGGAAUAUGAUCAGUUGACACCUAAACGAACAAGGAAACUGAAGGAAGUGAGAUUGGAUCGUCUGCAUCCGGAAGGCCUUGGGAUAAGUGUGCGAGGAGGUGCUGAAUUUGCUUGUGGCCUGUUUAUUUCACAGCUAACAAAAGGAGGACAAGCAGACAAUGUUGGACUUCAGGUCGGAGAUGAGAUCGUUCGAAUAAAUGGUUACUCCAUUUCCUCAUGCACUCAUGAAGAAGUCAUCAAUCUUAUUCGCACAAAGAAAACAGUAUCUAUAAAAGUGCGACAUGUUGGGAUGAUACCUGUCAAAAGUUCCCCAGAUGAGCCUCUCAAGUGGCAAUAUGUAGAUCAGUUUGUAUCAGACCCCGGGAAUGGACAAAACAGCAUUGCAGGUCUUGCAUCAUCAGGAGGAAAACAUCAUAAAGAAAAGAAAGUUUUCAUUAGCUUAAUUGGUACAAAGGGCAUGGGAUGCAGUAUUUCCAGCGGUCCUACACAAAAACCUGGCAUUUUCAUAAGUAACAUUAAACCGAAUUCCUUGUCUGCAGAAGUAGGGUUGGAGGUUGGUGAUCAGAUGGUUGAAGUAAAUGGUAUGGACUUCUCUAAUGUGGAUCAUAAGGAGGCUGUGAAGGUGUUGAAAAGCAGUCAAACCCUGACAAUCACUGUUGUAACAGGAGCUGGCAAGGAGCUGUUUAUGACUGAGGAAGAGAGGCAAAGGGAAGAAUAUAACCGUGAGAUGGAGCGCCAAGAGUUAAUGCGUCAGAAGUGGCUUGCACUGGAAACCAAUAAAAUCCUGAAAGAACAGCAAGAAAAAGAAAAACUGCGGAAGAUGGAGAUUGCACAGAAGGCUGCUGAGGAAGAAGAACGAUAUCUUAAAGAAAUUGAACAGAUAAAGGCAGAGGAAGAGAAAUUUAAAAAGCAGUGGGAGGAAGAUUGGGGCCAUAAAGAGCCAUUAAAAGCUGCCAAAACUGUAGUUGCAGAAGUACAUCCUCCACCUCAUACCAAACAUCGAUUAGAUUUAGAGGAAACUGAAUUUGAUCAGUCCACAGAAAAUGAUACAACUGGAAUGAAGCUGAAGGAAAGCCAACAGGGCUUCCAAAAAUACGUGGAGGACUUUGAUCCCUACACCAUGUUUUCACCAGAUCAGAUUAUGGGAAAAGAUGUACGGCUGCUUCACAUUAAGAAGGAAGGAUCAUUAGACCUUGCAGUAGAAGGAGGCAUUGAUUCCCCAGUUGGAAAAAUAGUGGUGUCUGCUAUUUAUGAGGGUGGUGCUGCAGACAAGCAUGGGGGUAUUGUGAAAGGGGAUGAAAUAAUGGCUGUAAAUGGCAAGAUUUUGUUGGAUGCUAAACUGGAUGAAGCUCGGGCAGCUCUUGCAAAAGCAUGGAACGUGGGAGGGGAAAUAAAUGGUUUUGAAGUGGGCUAAACAAGGAGCCUCCAGCAGAAUGAAUGGAAUUAGAAAUAAAAGCUAUGAAAUUAUUUGGGAUGAGGAAAUGUUAAGA